AUACAGUGUUAAUAGAGGUCUGAAUGUUUUUUGCGUGAUUGUAUAGGUUGGAGAGGUGUUUGCCCUCUAAAGGUAUAGGUUUAAUAGUAGUUGGAAGAUCACGCUUGUUGCUUAUCUACUCGUAUUACUCUGUGAUAUAGAACAUUUUCUGAAGAUCGUGGCAUUAUGAAUAUCCGUAAUGCAAGGCCGGAAGACCUUAUGAACAUGCAACACUGCAAUCUGCUGUGUCUUCCAGAGAACUAUCAAAUGAAGUACUACUUUUACCAUGGACUUUCGUGGCCCCAGCUUUCCUACAUCGCAGAAGAUGAAAAUGGGAAGAUUGUGGGCUAUGUACUAGCUAAAAUGGAAGAAGACCCAGAUGAUGUACCUCAUGGUCAUAUUACUUCACUGGCAGUGAAGAGAUCCCAUAGACGGCUAGGAUUGGCUCAGAAAUUAAUGGACCAAGCAUCCCGUGCUAUGAUUGAAAACUUUAAUGCCAAGUAUGUAUCGCUGCAUGUUAGAAAGAGUAAUCGAGCAGCACUGCACCUGUAUUCAAAUACUCUGAAUUUCCAGAUAAGUGAAGUAGAACCCAAGUAUUAUGCAGACGGCGAAGAUGCCUAUGCAAUGAAAAGAGAUCUGACACAAAUGGCUGAAGAGCUUAGAAGAAAUGAACUGAAAGAAAAGAACAAACACAACAUACUGACUUCCAUAGAAAACAAGAGUGACCAUAAAUCCAACCACGUGGGUGAGUGUUGCCGGGAUGAAAAGUGUCCAGCCAGCGGUGGUAGUGCUGGGCCAGUCAGCAGACAUGAUGGAACAGAAGAUAGUGGUGACAGCAAGGAUGUGAGUGAGGUCAGCGAAGCUACGGAAAGUACUGAUGUCAAAGAUAGUUCGGAAGCAUCUGACUCUGCCUCUUAAGCUUUUAUGACAUUUACAUCUGAGGUGGACAUUGGUCAUAGCAAUCUUGAGGGCAAGUCCAUGAAAACCUGAGACUUAUUUUUUUUGGGGGGGGGGGGUUGAAAUGCUUUACAGAAAAAUUCUUGGCAUAUUUAAGUAAUUGCUCUUUAGUCUUCAGGAGAGCAAAGACUAAUUCUGUCUGUGGUAUGCAUUAGGUGUGUAGAAAAUGUUGCGUUACCUGAGCACUUCUGUAUCCUAGCAUGGAUUGGCCUGUAUUGCUUGUUAAAAAAAUCCAGAAUGAAUUUUUACACUAGUCUAAUCGUAUAUCUUUUACACAGUGUUACUUUAGAGGGCAAAACAACGAACAUUACUUGCCUCUUUCCAGUUGGUACAUCAGUCUCCAUUUACACUGUAAACUUAAAGGUCUGAGGGAAAUUCCAAGGUAAUAUUUUCAUGUAAAGCUGUCUUGAGAAAUGUGUCCUGGUUUGAAGAUUGUUCUAGGUAUAUUUUAUUUUUUGUUUGUGAGGCAGUUAAGCUUUAAACCGCUGGAUACUGUCAGACUAAGAAUAUGGUUAAAUAAAAGUGUAAAACAAGAAUAUGAGCAAUACAGGUAUAAAAAUGUUUUAGAAUAGAGAAUGUCAUUACUGUUGUAGUCCCUCAUUCUUAAAACAUGUCUGAGUAACUGAUUUUAAGGUGACAAAGAUGCAAGCAGUCUCCUCAUAACACUUGCUGUUUAAAACUACCAAAUCAUUAACAAAUUUUAAUUUUUAUUUAAAAGUGUAUUGCUACCUGUUCAACUUUAUUUACAUUGGUGAGUUUACUCAAGUGUUGUACUGAUAAAGCAUUCCGUCAUGUCAUCAGGUUAAAGCAGUAUUUGGUAACUUGAUAAGCAGCUGAUGAUAGAUGAUUGUACAUAGAUUUUAGACAUUUAGGAGUCUAGUGGAAGUGCUUGAGAAUGCAUCUGACAGAAUUUUUUUUUCUCUUAUGAUUAGUAAAAGCAAGAACAGAGUCUGAAUUGCAUUAAAAGAUUUUUGUCUAACUUA